AAGAAGAAAAAAAAAGGAGAAGAUCGUAUACUAAGUACUAAUAGUAGUAAUAGUAAUAGUGGUAAUGAAGAUUUAAGGUUACGAGAAUGUUUUUCAGAUGAUAAUGGGAGGACUUCAUCUAGAUAUAGAGAUAAUUGUUUAAAGUUGAAUAAAUUGAGCCAUUUGGAAGUUAUUACAGGGACUGGGCUCAAACGUAAGAACGAUGAAGAUAUAAAUAUUAAUACAAAAGCACUUUUCAAGAGAAUAAAAGAUUCAGACCCUCCAAGUGAACUUGCAAAACCAAAAGAAUGGAUAAAGGAACAAAACAGUGGCUCUAUUUAUUUCAAUCAUCGCCCAGCUAAUAUCUCUGGGAAUCCUGUCAUUCUUCAGCAUCCUAUCUUCGGAAUCUUCCUUGAGGACUGUGAAACCAUAACACCAAAUGAUGUUGACUGCGCCUUUGUCCUAGAAGCAACUGAAUCUAUGUCAAAUGUAUUUACUAAUGAAAAUGAAAGAAGAGAUGCAUUCAAGAUACUAUAUCGAAAACAUUACAAGAUGGCUCUUCCUUUGGAAAAAAUGGAAUGCCCAUAUGUUGGUAUUGCAGCCAUCAUAUUUUCUGGUGACAAAUUUCUAUGUGAUCCUCUAACACCACUUCUUCCACUUUUCUACCUUCACCACUAUCAAAAAUUUAUGGAUCACUUAGCUCAGACAUUCUGUGCUUUUAAAAAAGCAUUAGAUGCAUUGGAUUAUUAUUACAUGGAUCCCCCUAAAAUUCUUCCUUCACAAUUGGAGUUCCCAUACAUUAACUCAUUCACCCAUAUUUCAAAUAGAACAAGUAUUCAAUUUUGUUACCUCAAACAACUCUACAAAGACAAAUUACUGUUUCUUGUUGAGCAGAAAAGCAAUAACAAUGUGCCAAAACAAUUACUUGUAAAGUUUACAGAACAAUAUGUGAUAGAUGUGCACAAGGCCUGUGUAGAUUUAGAUGAUAAUUAUGAACAUUUGUCUCUACAUGUACCUACAGAAGUAAAAAGUGCCUUUAAAGAAGCUGUUGGAAAGAUGCAUGGUGCAGGAUUUUUACAUGGUGAUUUGAGAGAUCUAAACAUCCACUAUCAAACAAAAAAGAAAGACGAUAAUGAUGGUGUUCAGGUAGACAUUAAAAUUGUUGAUUAUGAUUGGGCUGGUAGGAUUGAUCACCCAACAACAAUAUAUCCCUCAUAUCUUAAUCCCAAAAUUACAAGGCAUUAUGAUGCCCACUCUGGGUGUCAGAUUAAACAGGACCAUGAUGACUAUAUGUUGUAG